UUAAUAUAUCAACUAAAUAUUAAUAUGUAAAUUACUCCAUAUCCUUAUACGAUUUCUCUCAAUCUCCACAUCAUUGUGAUUUAUCAAUGUGUAAAACAAUGCCAAACACUGAUAAAAUGUUUUGGUGAACGUAUUUUUUAACAUGAUCACAUAUGACAUAACCUUAGCUAUAUGCACAUGCUGUCCAUAAAAGUCAGGUCAUAAACUCAUUACUUUUUUAUACCGCACGGAAAUGAGAUGUAAGUUCGUUAUUAAUUAAGAGUAACAAGGUGAUAAUGUAUGUAAACAAUCUAACUUUCGGCGUAGAGAACGUGCGAUAACAGAGGAACCUGAGAAGGCCGAGAGUGACGGGAAAGCCAACAAAAUCUUUUGUGCGGUGACGAAAAUCAGUUAAAUGAAAAAACUAUAAAUCCAAAAAACACCAAUCACCAGUUUCUGAUCUCCCAUAAUUCGCUUCUCUAUUCGUUUUGCCCCACCAAAUUUUUUAGAUUCUAUUAAUUUAUAGUUUUUUCUUCAUUUUUUUGGUUUUUAGUUUCAAUACUUGAAAACAUUGACGUUUGAGCUUCCAGUCUUAGAACAGAAAAAACCUAAAUCUAAAGAAGAACAAAACGACAAAAGAAAAAUAAAGAUACAAAUCUUUGGGAGCCUUUUUUUUUCCUUUGUGCAUGGCGUUCCAAAUCGAGUCCAUAGCUACGAGUGAUUCAAUUCGUUUUCCUCUUCAGCUACAAGGAAUAAAGAUCUUAUGAUACAUUUGAUCUGUCAUCAAAGAAACGUUUCGAGUCAUCUUACUAGGCAGGGCAGAUGGAUGAAAAUAAUGCGGCAAAGUUAACCGGAAUCAGGCAAGUCGUAAGGCUUAAGGAGAUUUUGCAGAAAUGGCAAACCGUAACUAUAGGGUCCAAGUCAGAUGUUCCACCACUGGCAGCUGGAAAGCAAGCGGCGGCAAUGAUUUCACCGGCGAUCAACAAGAGGCUAUUAGCUGUCAAGAACUGUGACUCGGAUGACGAAAACUGCCAAAGCCCUGAGCCUCCGGUUGAUGUUCCCAGAGGGUAUCUUGCGGUUUAUGUUGGACCCGAGCUAAGGAGGUUUAUCAUACCAACAAGCUAUCUCGGCCACUCUUUGUUCAAGGUGUUGCUCGAAAAGGCAGAGGAAGAGUUUGGGUUUGAUCAGAGUGGUGCCCUCACCAUCCCUUGCGAGGUCGAGACUUUCAAGUUCUUGGUUAAAUGCAUGGAGAACAAUUCUAAAGAUCAUCACCCUGACGAUGGUUCUGCUGGAGAUGCAGUAGCAGCAAUGGAAGAGUGUACACAAAUCAAGUGAUAAAAACUGUUCAAAACAUUUCUUUUGUUAUUAUGAUUAUUCUUAUCCUUUGUUUUGUUUAUCAUAUAUUGAUGGAAAUUGUAGGAAUGAUUAACUACUCUGGGGUGUAAUUAUACUUCCCUGGUUUUUA